CCUUAUAUAUGAGAGAGCAGAGAAGCCUCACCUAGGGUUGCUUCCCACGCCGCCGGCCAGCCAAACUCAAAACAAAGAGGAGUAGCAAGCAAGCAAGCAGCCUCUUGCGACUGCAGCAAUGGAGCAGACCUAUGUCAUGAUCAAGCCCGACGGCGUCCAGAGGGGCCUCAUUGGUGACGUCAUCAGCCGCUUCGAAAAGAAGGGCUUCUACCUUAAGGCCAUGAAGCUUGUGAACGUGGAGAAGUCCUUCGCCGAGAAACACUACGCCGAUUUGUCCUCGAAGCCCUUCUUCCAGGGCCUCGUGGAGUACAUCGUCUCCGGCCCCGUGGUCGCCAUGGUCUGGGAAGGCAAGAAGGUCGUCGAAACUGGCCGCAAGAUCAUCGGCGCCACCAACCCCCUGGCUUCUGAGCCUGGUACCAUCCGCGGUGACUUUGCUGUCGACAUUGGCAGGAAUGUCAUUCAUGGAAGCGACUCUGUUGAGAAUGCCAGGAAGGAGAUUGCCCUGUGGUUCCCCGAGGGCCUUGUCGAGUGGCAGAGCAGCCAGCACCCCUGGAUCUAUGAGAACUAAGCAGCCAUAGCUUGUCACUCGAACCUUUAGAGCUUGAGAAUCCUUGGCACCAGCCAUACUAUUAGCUGCUAUUUUUAGAGUUUGACGAGAAAAUUGUGGCCAGUAUCUCAGAACCUUAUUUGUGUGAACUGAAGUUUUCUUCAUUGGCUUGCAUGCUAUGUGUGCAUGCCCUUUUGCUAUGAUAUUUCACAUGCUGUUACCUUA